GUCUUUUUGUGAAACAUACAAUACUAAGCCGGCCUUCUAGAUAAACUAGUACUCCCGGUGCAUUCUUCUGUAAUAUGUUGCAGACGCUACCCUACGAUGUCCUCCGGGUCUUACUACGUUUGCUGAGUGGAUCUGACAUCGCUCACGUUUUAACUACGUGCAACUCUUUGUAUACCCUCAUGGACGAUGACGGGGUAUGGCAGGAGCAAUGUGCACGUUACAAGUUCACAGACCGAUCCAUCUUCGACGAUGCCACAUACCGCGAGAUAUACACCCUCGUCUUGCACACGUAUUGGCCUCUUCUGGGGUUGUGGGCGAGCGAUCAUCCGUACAGGGGCUCAGUCAUCGAGUUCCGUUACGACGUGGACUACAAGGGUAUAGUGGGCGAGGUCUGGCGAUGGUGGGCACAGCCACCGGGUUUCGACGCCAUGGACUUGACGGUACCCAAGCUGCCCGAAUACUUCGUCUUCUUUUCGGUCUCUCUGUCCGCGUCUAACACGCCGAGACGGGCGGUCAUCAGCUGGCACAUUCACCACAACGGUGUCGGGUACUUCGGUUCCCCCAGCAACUUCCUCGCGGCCCCCACCAUGCAUGUCCUCUCCGAGACGGACCAGUCUUUAUAUCUCCGCUACAGCGCGGUGAUUUGUCGCCUUCCCGACUUCCCCAAUCCCGAUCUCAUGGUCUGGUACGACCGGACCCGCGGACCUCCACGCCUGAAGGUCGAACAAGCCCCCGUCACCUCCAAAGUGCAAAACAUCGGCCUCAUCAACGCCGUCGCUUUUCUCUACAUGGCACAGACAGCCGUUACAAAACCUGCCGCGCUCGUCUUUCACCCGCCUGAGCCGGGCGGGCCCGAGAUCUUUGCGCGGCACGAGCUACCCCUGCAGGCGCAAGACCUCCGCAGCUUCGACUUCGGCGGGAGCGAGCCGCGCCGUGGGCCGCCAUUCUACCGGCGAUUCUACCCUCUCCGCUCCCCCGUGCUCGACGGCGACGACCCCACCGACGAGCGGUGGGCUCCCGCGAGCCUCGAGGGCAUCUGGCUCGGUGCGUACGCCACCCACAGCACCGAGGUGCUCUACGUGUACUUCGACGAGGCUGCCCAGGCCGUGCGCGCCCUCAAGAUCACUGGAGACUUUAACGUGCCCCGCGGCGUGAUCACCUGGCAGUUCUCACUCAACGAUCGUAUGCGCAUUCACGAUCUGCCGCACGACUUGCCCCUGGCGCAACGCGUCUUUGGCGAUCUGUCUGCCGUGAGGAUAUACCGCGGCACCGGGACCAUCAGUGCUGUUGGCUUCAUCGACGAACAGCGGGGUGAAUCUGUUAACUACAUCGGCAUCAUCAACCAAGACGAGAUCCGGGUGGACUGGCGCGAGUUGGACGAAUAUACUCCGCGUUACCGGAGGUACCGAGGAAGGAACCUCGCUUCUGAGACCGUCGACGGGAACCUGCGCAUACCUGCUCGUUGGUACUGAAUAACGCAUGACUCAGUAACAUGGGCUUUGGCACUGCGACAGGUCGA